AUGCAUAUUUUUUGGGAUGCAAGUGAAAUUGGAUAUGGAUGUGCAUGCUAUUUGCAAAUGUUGAAUAAGUCCGAUGGAUCGGUGCAUUGUAGUUUUGUUAUGGGAAAGUCAAGAGUGACAGCUUCAAAACCAGUGACUAUACCAAGGCUAGAGUUGACUGCGGCAGUGGUUGCAGUGAAGUUGGGUCAGUUAGUGAAGACUCAACUGGAGUAUAAAAUUGAUAAAAUCAUUUAUUGGACCGAUUCAAUGUCAGUGUUGCAGUAUAUCACUAAUACGACAAGACGCUUUCAUACCUUUGUGGCGCAUCGUCUUGCUGUUAUUCAUGAAGGAUCAGAGCCUUCGCAGUGGAGACAUAUUGACACAAAAUGUAACCCGGCUGAUAUUGCAUCUCGAGGUUUGAAACCGUGUCAGUUGGACAAAUCAAAAAUCUGGUUUGAAGGUCCUGCGUUUUUGAUAAAGGAAGAACGCAUGUGGCCAAAAUUAAAACCUAUCCGUGGCAUAUCAAAUAGUGGUCGUGAAUUGAAACAGGAUUUGACUGUAUAUUGUGUUAAAGAUAACUUGAAGGAAAAUCCAAUCAAACGUUUGCUUUCGAAAUAUUCUAAAUUGGAGAAACUUCAGAGAUCGACAGCUUGGCUGUUGAGAUAUUGA